AUGAUAAAAGAUGAAAAUUUAAGUCUUGAAUCCAUCAAAAAGUUAAAAAAAUUAGAAGAAAAAUUAAAUGAAGAAUCGAAGAAGGAAAAAAGGAAAAAAGAAGAAAAUGCUAUAAUUAAUUAUGCGAAAUUAAAAGCUUUGGAGAAUUCAUUACCUCAGAAAAUUAAGAAAAAAAUUAGAACAAUGAAGAUAAAUAACAUCAAUGAUCUCAAAAAAUUAACUAUCACUAAAAAAAAGAAAUAUUAUAUCAAAAUAUUAGAUGAAAAAGAUUUAAAACAAAAAAAAAGAAAAAAGAAGACAUGA